UGCACUAAAGCCAUACUUCUUUCAACCUCUGAACACCUAUUGAUAUGCAGAUACACUAAAGCCAGGCGAGAUAUUCUGGAAAUAGUACAAUUUUACCCACAGUCACCUUGGACAAGUUCUUAGAGGCUCUCACUUCCAUUUCCCUGUCAAAUGGAGUUAUGAAAUCACUUUGAGGUGAUGCAGAGUAUCCAUUUGAACUAAUAAAAAAUGUACAUGGUGAAUGCUCUAUAAAUACUAGCUGUUAUCCUAUAUUACAGAUGAGAAAGGUGAGGUUUUGAGAGAAAAAGCUCAGGUCACCCAGUCAGGAAGUGGCCUGUGAGGAUAAAUAGCAAUCACGGUAGGGCAUUGCCUAGCCUAAGGCCCAGCGCAUAAUGCUUUCUCUGCAUGAGAGCUGGGGCAAUCAAAGGGCUGCCUUGUUUCCUGCCCGUCAGCACAGGAAAUUCCAAGGUGGUUUUCCUUACUGGCUUCUUUGGUUCUGUCCCUGGAGGGGAUAGCGGAGGGGCCCAGAUAACCAAGCGGACUCCAGAAGGUGGAAUUGAAUGCCUGAUCAGCCUGUCUGGGCCUCUCUGAUUGUUGAAGGGGUGGCUAUAACUUGGGGUGGUCUGGGCUGCUUUGUGCCUAUUUGGGCAUUUCCUUGGGUGGGCAGCCCUCACCCUGUCCAUGAAAUGGUUCUGGCUGGGUAGCAGCCUCAAGGUGGAGUGAGUGAAAUUUGGGACUGGUUUAGGGCGGGGACAAGACAGAACACUGGUUGCCUUGUACGGCUAGAGAGGGAGGUCAGGAGGAAAUUGGAGACCCCAUUUCCCCCUUGGUCGCGCUCAUAGUCCGAGAUGGCUUGGUCUCCAGUGUUCCUUGGUGUCAUCAUUUUGCUGUCUUCCUUCCCUGGGCUUGGUUUUGGGGGCCGCCCCAUGCCUAAACUGGCUGACUGGAAGCUGUGUGCAGAUGAGGAAUGCAGCUACCCCAUCUCCAUGGCUGUGGCCCUGCAGGACUACGUGGCCCCUGACUGCCGUUUCCUGACCAUACACAGGGGCCAAGUUGUGUAUGUCUUCUCCAAGCUGAAGGGCCGAGGGCGGCUCUUCUGGGGAGGCAGUGUUCAGGGAGAUUACUAUGGAGACCUAGCAGCUCGCCUGGGCUAUUUCCCCAGUAGCAUUGUACGUGAGGAUCAGACCCUGAAACCUGGCAAAAUCGAUCUGAAGACAGAUAAAUGGGAUUUCUACUGCCAGUGAGCUCAGCCUACUGCUGCCCUUGCCGUUUUUUCUCCCUGGCUUUAUGCAAAUACAUCAGCCAAGUGCAAA